AUGACAGAAGAUCUGCCUUCUCACAGACAUAGCAUCAGAAAAGAUCUGCCUACUCACAGAAAUGACAUCACAGAAGAUUUGCGUUCUCACAAAAAUGACAUCACAGAAGAUCUGCCUUCUCACAAACAUGGCAUCAGAGAAGAUCUGCCUUUUCACAGAAAUGACAUCACAGAAGAUCUACCUUCUCACAGACAUGGCAUCAGAAAAGAUCUGCCUUCUCACAGAAAUGACAUCACAGAAGAUUUGCCUUCUCACAAAAAUGACAUCACAGAAGUUCUGCCUUCUCACAGACAUGGCAUCACAGAAGAUCUACCUUCUCACAGAAACAUCAGAGAAGGUCUGCCUUCUCACAGACAUGACAUCACAGAAGAUCUGCCUUCUCACAGACAUAGCAUCAGAAAUGAUCUGCCUACUCGCAAACAUGGCAUCACAGAAGAUCUGCCUUUUCACAGAAAUGACAUCACAGAAGGUCUGCUUUCUCACAGACAUGGCAUCAGAAAAGAUCUGCCUUCUCAUAGAAAUGACAUCACAGAAGAUCUGCCUUCUCACAGAAACAUCAGAGAUCUGCCUUCUCACAGAAAUGACAUCACAGAAGAUUUGCGUUCUCACAAAAAUGACAUCACAGAAGAUCUGCCUUCUCACAAACAUGGCAUCAGAGAAGAUCUGCCUUUUCACAGAAAUGACAUCACAGAAGAUCUACCUUCUCACAGACAUGGCAUCAGAAAAGAUCUGCCUUCUCACAGAAAUGACAUCACAGAAGAUUUGCCUUCUCACAAAAAUGACAUCACAGAAGAUCUGCCUUCUCACAGACAUGGCAUCACAGAAGAUCUGCCUUCUCACAGAAAUGACGUCACAGAAGAUUUGCCUUCUCACAAAAAUGACAUCACAGAAGAUCUGCCUUCUCACAGAAAUGACAUUACAGAAGAUCUGCCUUCUCACAGAAAUGACAUCACAGAAGUUCUGCCUUCUCACAGACAUGGCAUCCCAGAAGAUCUGCCUUCUCACAGAAACAUCAGAGAAGGUCUGCCUUCUCACAUACAUGACAUCACAGAAGAUCUGCCUUCUCACAGAAAUGACAUCACAGAAGAUUUGCGUUCUCACAAAAAUGACAUCACAGAAGAUCUGCCUUCUCACAAACAUGGCAUCAGAGAAGAUCUGCCUUUUCACAGAAAUGACAUCACAGAAGUUCUGCUUUCUCACAGACAUGGCAUUACAGAAGAUCUGCCUUCUCACAGAAACAUCAGAGAAGAUCUGCCUUCUCACAGACAUGACAUCACAGAAGAUCUGCCUUCUCACAGACAUGGCAUCAGAAAAGAUCUGCCUUCUCACAGAAAUGACAUCACAGAAGAUUUGCCUUCUCACAAAAAUGACAUCACAGAAGAUCUGCCUUCUCACAAACAUGGCAUCAGAGAAGAUCUGCCUUUUCACAGAAAUGACAUCACAGAAGUUCUGCCUUCUCACAGACAUGGCAUCACAGAAGAUCUACCUUCUCACAGAAACAUCAGAGAAGGUCUGCCUUCUCACAGACAUGACAUCACAGAAGAUCUGCCUUCUCACAGACAUAGCAUCAGAAAUGAUCUGCCUACUCGCAAACAUGGCAUCACAGAAGAUCUGCCUUUUCACAGAAAUGACAUCACAGAAGGUCUGCUUUCUCACAGACAUGGCAUCAGAAAAGAUCUGCCUUCUCAUAGAAAUGACAUCACAGAAGAUCUGCCUUCUCACAGAAACAUCAGAGAUCUGCCUUCUCACAGAAAUGACAUCACAGAAGAUUUGCCUUCUCACAAAAAUGACAUCACAGAAGAUCUGCCUUUUCACAGAAAUGACAUCACAGAAGUUCUGCCUUCUCACAGAUAUGGCAUCACAGAAGAUCUGCCUUCUCACAGAAAUGGCAUCACAGAAGAUCUGUCCUCACUCCACCCUGAAGAUCACUGGGUCUUUCCAUGUGCUAUGCAGCUCAAAGUGUCCAUAUAG